GAUAUGGGCUUGGGCUGAUGAUGAAUAAUAAGGCCGAGAUCUAACCAGAAAAGGCCUGAAACCUGAAAUGGCCCACCAAAAGCCCACAGAACCAUAUCCCGUACGCUAAUGCCUAAGAAGCGGCAGACCAAGAGGGAGUUGUUCGGCGGGGAUGAUUCUGAGAAUGGAGAAGACGGUGGAUUUUUCGGCGACUGUGAUGGAGACAGUCCCGUUGGUGGUGGGGGUAAUUACUGGGGCGGCGGGAGUGGUUGGAAUUUUGGUGGAUUUGGCGGGCAAAAUUGGGAUGAUUCAUCUUCGUCAUCGUCAGAUGAAAUACUUUAUCCCAACUCUAGGUUUUAUCGGGAGCUCAUCCUAUCAUAUAGCAGUCAUGGAAGCUUUCGUGAACCCAGCUAUCAACGUUUCAUCCUGGAAGUUGUGUAUCGUUUGCAAUGGAGUAAGCGUAGAAGCAUAACGCCAAGUGAUUGGGACAUAAGACUGCGAUUUACCUAGUUUGACCCUUAUAUGGACAGAAGCCUCUAAGCAAAGCUGUCACCUUUGAAAAGAUGUCUUGCCAUGGAGGAGAACCGAAGCUCAAGAAGCACAAGACUGAAGGAUGCGAGAAGAAGAAGAUAGUGGAUGAGUAUGACCAUAAUCGUUGGUCAGAUUAUUUUCAUUCUCUCUCUUUUGAUAAGAAGGCACAGAUAGUUUUCCUUAAGGAUGCAAUCUCUUAACAUCGACUCCAUGGUAAAUAUCCACUUGCUGAUAAGUCUGCUAUGGAAGACUUCCUCGAAAACUUUCUUGGAGCUGAUUUAUCCGCUGAAGACGCCUUUUGCCCUGAAGACAUGAUAGAUUUAGUUGAAGAGAAUUUAAAGUAUAAUUUCAGAGAGAUGAAGAAGGAUGACAUCAAUGGUGAGAAGGAUAUAUGGAAUGAAGAUGAAGUGAAGUUCUAUGAAUUGACAAGCCAGAUCUGGGGAAACGAUGAUUGUUGGUGGUUUUCGUAUUCCGAUUGCCUCUCUUGUGAUAAGAAAGAACAGAUACAUUUCUUUAAAGAGGUGAUCGCUUAUCAUAAACUCCAUGGUAUAGAUCCACUUGCUGAGAAGCUUGAGAUGGAAGAGUUUCUCGUAACCUGUCUUCGAGUUGAUUCUUGUGCUGACAACGUGAUGAGGUUAGUUGAAGAGAAAUUCAAGCGCGAUUUCAUAGAGAUGAAGGAGGAGGACAAGAACGGUGAGAAGAACAAGUGAGAUGAAGAUGAAGAUGAAGUGAAGUUGUAUGAAUUGACAAGCCAGAUCUGGGGAAACAAUGAUGUCAUGAUAUUUAGUUCUAUUCUAAUGUCCAAUUUUCUACAGGAUCUGAAGAUAAAAUAGCUUAUUUCAUACCGUGCAUGCUAUAAUACAAACUUAUACAGCCUUUUAAAAGAAAAAUCAGUGUAAAGGGUUAUGCAUAUCA